AUGGCAAUCCGUCUAUUGGCGAGAAGGACACCAUCAACGGUUGAAAGUACAUCGGUCCUAUUUAGAAGCGCCUUCAGUUUCCUCCGCAAUCUGAGCACCGCCACGUCCACCAACAAUUCCGCCGUGAGUACGGCGGUGCCGGGUGAUGGACCUAAGAAGCCGAAGCGGAAGAAGAAAAAGAACCUGUUUGAGGUUGCUCAGUUUCUGCCUAACUGGGGUAUUGGCUAUCACAUGGCAAAAACUCACUGGACUGGGGUCUCUUACGAGAUUACUAAAAUUAACCUCUAUAAGGACGGGCGACAUGGUAAGGCUUGGGGGAUUGCUCAUAAGGAUGGUGUUCGAGCUGCAGAUGAACCAAAGAAAAUAAGCGGGGUCCACAAGCGCUGCUGGAAGUACAUUCCCUGCUCAAAAAAGACAGAAGAAAUUGCCUCAGAACCAGGAUUGCAAUCUGCUUGA